AGCGCCACCAUCUCAGCUCUCUGUGUGCUCCGCUCCCCACCACUCCUUACGGCACAUAGAUUGCUUUGAUUGCUUCGUGUGUUGAUUUCCGCUCUGCUGAAUGGAAGUUCACGUCGUUUGUUAAGGUUCACCGUCAUCCUGGUUACCGUGCUUCGGACGUGUUUGAAAUGGGGAUACUGUUUGCGAAGUUGUGGAGCUUGUUCACAAAUGAAGAGCACAAGGUUGUUAUCGUUGGCCUCAACAAUGCUGGCAAGACAACAAUACUGUACCAGUUCCUGAUGAACGAGGUAGUGCACACAUCACCCACUAUAGGGAGCAAUGUGGAGGAGGUGGUGUGGAAAAAUGUGCACUUCAUCAUGUGGGACUUGGGUGGCCAGGAGUCUCUACGGGCCACCUGGAACACAUACUACAGCAAUGCUGAGUUUCUCAUAGUGGUGGUGGACAGCAUGGACCGGGAGCGGCUACCUUUGACAAAAGAGGAACUGUGGAAGAUGCUAUCACACGAGGACCUGACUAAGGCGGCAGUGCUCAUAUUCGCCAACAAGCAGGACAUCAAGGGCUGCAUGACGCCACGAGAGAUCUCUGAGCAGCUCAACCUGACCUCUAUCAAGAAGAACCGGUGGCAGAUUCAAGCUUGCUGUGCACUGACAGGCGAAGGCCUCUACCAGGGUCUGGAAUGGGUGUACUCACAGCUGAAAAACAAGAAGUGAUAGCAGCUGUUCCCCUAGAAACCCAUGGACAGAUUACGUGCUGUGAUACGACCUAAGAAGGCAGCUGCGCAGCACCUGCUGCCUCCCAUCUCUUCAGUCUUCGAACACGGACAACAUGUCCAGGAACAACGGCUUGCACUCCUCUCCGAGUGUUAAGGCGUGCCUCGCCUCAUGCGGAGCCGGUGGUCGUGGGUGAACUGCUGUUGCCACGACGAUGCAGCUUCUGCGAUGCACUUUGAGAACACAAUAGACGCUAUGGCAAGCGGGCAGACCCGAGUGACGCAACCCUGUGAACCUGCCCCAAACCCACACCGACCGUGUGACAUUGACGUGGUGCUCUGGUGUUUGCGCAGAAGAGUUCACAAGUAGAUGGCGCAUUGUGUGCAUACAACUUACUGCUACAUUGUCCACAUGUGUACAUAAGAAGACACAUCUCACUUGUUUUGACUGAGCAAAACUGUUUAUGCUGCAAGUGAUAGUGUCUGGUCCUAGGUUUUCCCCGUGUUGCAGGUGUGGCAUGCAUGGCAGCAAGCUCUUUUGCGAAUGUGCGUGCGCACCUGCGCCAUUAAUUCUAGGUUAUUUUUUAAUUAUUUCGCUUAACAUUUUAUGGCCUUCUUUUUUUUUGUAUAAUGUGCUUAUAGCUUGCAUAUGACUGCUGUUUGAACGCUUAUCUGCUUUUGCCCUGUUAUUAGUAGAAGCAGCAUUAUUUACCCGUUUGGGAGGCGACGUUUUAGACUGCUCAUCAGGCAACUGCACUAACCUUGUUGUGUGCAGUCCUGUUGUACAUAGUCAUUUUUAAUAAGCAUACUUCACUGAGCAUUCGUUUUUAAAAAAAUUAACUGCCUAUUUGUGUACCUCAUCAGCUUUGUUUUGCAAAGCAAACAUCUAUAGUAUUUGAACAGUAAUUAACGGGAGUCAUAAUAAAAAUUCAUUCUGACACGCAAGCAUGCUAUGAUUUGCAAGUUUCAAUUAUGCCAUCACAGUUUCAGUAGUGGUGGUGCCGUAGAUGUACAGAAAUACAAAAACUAAGGUAAAUUCUGCCAUAGUCUUUAAUAUGGCACACAAGUGGUUAUGUAUUGUAUGUACAAAAGUUUUUUCUUUUUUCUAGUGACACACCAAGAAGUACCCCAGACGUUGUGCUCAUGUGUCAGUGCUUACAGAUUCGUGCACAUUGCAUCAAUGUUUCACCUUUCCAUCAUUUGUAGUCUUCUGCAGUUUUGUGAGGAGACAGGGGUGCAGUGCUCCAGUUUGCUAUAAUAUAAAAUGUUUUCUGCUCUGUAA